GCUCUUUUCAGAUGAACUGUCACGGUAGUUGUAGUCGGUCUUCCGUGAUACCCUCUGCGACCUUCUACGGUCAGCACGCAUCACACAAACGUGUCGCAUUGUUAGUAAUUCUUUUUAUCUAGUUCUCGUGUAAAUAUAAAUACAUUCUUCUUUAAUGUGUACAUCCUGUGUAAAAACGCAUCGUUUAUACAUUUUGUAAAGCAACUUUUAUAUCAAUUUCGGUUCGCUGUUUUCGCAAAUGUAUCCAAGUGGAAGUAGCGGAAGUCCACUUCUCCGUAAUCUCUUUUGAUAAAGAAGUUUUAAUGGACAAAACAAUUCUCAAGUACAACAAUUACGAACGGAAGUCGUAACGCAAAGCGCCCAGAGGCGUUGUAUCUGAACUCAAGAUUCCGUUUUGUAACAUAAUGACCGCGGAGGGUACCUUGGAGGACCGUCUACCAACAUGGUCGCAGGAUGUGCCUACGGUCCAGGAAGUGAGCGAAAUGAUGAGAAGUUUCGGAAUGUGGGACUACCUGGUUUUCGCGUUCAUGCUGAUGACCUGUGGCCUAGUUGGGAUUUACUUUGGUUUCAUUAAGAAAUCGUCAGGGGAGGACGAAUACCUCGUGGGUGGAAGAAACAUGAAGACCUUCCCCGUCAGUUUGAGUCUAAUAGCCAGCUUCAUAUCUGGAAUCUCAUUACUGGGUACACCGACGGAGGUUUACAUGCAUGGUACCAGCUACCUUUGCAUAUGUUUUGGGGUAAUCAUCGUCGGUUUUGUGAUGUCUGGAAUAUAUUUACCUGUCUUCCAUGAACUUAGACUGACAAGUACCUACGAGUACCUCGAGAAGCGAUUUAAUAAAAAGAUUCGAAUUCUGGGAUCGGUGCUUUUCUCGAUCAGCGUCAUGACAUGGCUUCCUAUCGUUAUUUACGUACCUGCCCUAGCUUUCAAUCAAGUCACUGGGGUGAAUGUGCACAUAGUGACUCCGUUCGUGUGUAUCGUGUGCAUUUUUUACACCUGCGUGGGUGGUUUACGCGCGGUGGUGUGGACCGAUUUCAUUCAAGCCUUCAUAAUGUUCGGUUCUAUGCUAUUGAUCGUUAUCAAGGGGACGAACGACGUGGGUGGAUUAUCAUUGGUGUUGAGGAGAAAUCUGGAAUCUGGAAGGCUCGAGUGGCCCACGACAGAUUGGAAUCCUCUUACGAGGCACACAAUUUGGUCCCUAGUGAUUGGUGGUUUCGUUCACUGGUUGCAAAUAUCCGCUAUCAAUCAAAAUAUGAUACAGCGAUACCUCGCGUUGCCCACGUUGGGAUCGGCUAGAAGAGCACUCUGGUAUUUCAUAGUCGGAGUCUUGAUUUUAAUGGGAACAUGCGGAUACGCGGGAAUGUUAAUAUAUGCCUGGUAUCAUGAGUGUGAUCCACUUACGACCAAGCUAGCAGGUGCGAAGGACCAAUUACUACCACUGCUCGUCAUGAACAUAUUAAGAGACAUGCCAGGACUUCCGGGUCUCUUCGUCGCUGGCGUAUUUAGCGCAGCUUUGAGCUCUCUGUCCACUGGUUUAAACUCCAUGUCCGCGGUGGUGCUGGAAGACUUCGUGAAACCCUUCAGGAAGACACCAUUUACUCCUAAAGUGGCAGAUACUUUAAUGAAACUCACGGUGGUCGUUUUAGGGAUAAUUUGCGUGGCACUCGUGUUCGUUGUCGAGAAAACGGGGUCCCACGUUUUGCAGUUGUCAACGAGCUUGGCGUCCAUUACCAGUGGUCCUUCUCUCGGUAUUUUCAGCAUGGGUGUCCUCUUGCCAUGGGUGAACGCCAAUGGUGCUCUCAUCGGUGGCCUUUCCGGUUUGGGCUUCAUGGGAUGGAUCAGUCUUUCAGCUGAAACAGCGAUCGCCAGUGGGAGAUUGAAGUUCGACGAGAAACCCGUCACGACGGAAGGGUGCUAUUACUCCUUUCCUCAAGUAGAGAAUCUGUUGCUGUUCGAUCCUCCAGAUUCGAUUUUGGAGGACGACGAUUUUCUCCCAGAACCUUUAGCGUUGUAUCGUCUCAGUUACCUUUGGUACACCGUGACAGGUGCAUUGGUGACGAUGAGCGUUGGCCUUGCUGUCAGUCUUAUCUCGUCAGAAAAUGUUGAAAAGCUGGAUCCGAUGCUGCUGGCCCCGAUCAUACGAAAAUUCUUGAAAACGUCCAAUAAAGAAGUUGAACCAGUUGAGCCUGGAAGCUUAGACGUUGGUCUUGAGGUACGAAGAACCAGGGGGGAGGGCACGACCGAGAGCGUAUCAUUGGUCUGACCUUGACCGACGGUUAUUGAUGUUGAUCGAAUCAGAGGUCGACAAACCGUAAGCGACGAAAGUGUUUGGUUGACAAGCUGAAAUAUUAAAUUAGCCGUGCCCGGAAUAUAACAUAAGUUAGGCCAAUCAUGAAAUGUAAGGCACGAAAUGACUCGUGCAGAGCUCGAACAAGUGGAACGCUGACGAACAAGACCGAGCUCAUGAUUACAUGUAGUCUAAUCACUUUAGAUUCGAUUACGGUGGUAUUUUUGUCGAGCUGACUUUCCGCGUAUACAUUUAUUCGGUCGUAGAAAUUAAUUUUUCAUAGAUUUCUUAAAAAUAGGCGUUAUUACCCACUUGAGGAACAAAUAAAUGGACUCUUGUUUUGCUUUAGUCGCGUGUACACAAGCCAAUGCAAUUUUUACCCGUAAAUCAAUUUUGACGAAUGUAUAUGUUGGCUCACUUUAAUGUUGUACAUUUCUUUCACUCUAAAAGGUAUUGUGUUCGUAAGUAAUGGUAAUUUUGAUAUAAAAGCAAAGGUAUACGUACGUGUCAAUAUCCGUCGAGAGGUUGAAUAUAGAGAUAAGAAACUUACUGCCUAACAAUUUAAAUUAAAACCUUCCAGCAUUAAUAAAUAGGAAUAAAUGAGUAACUAGGAAUACAGAUACAUUAAUCUUCGUACCAACAAUAACUUAAAAAAUUUCAAGCCAUUCUAACUAUUGACUAUAAUAAAACUUAUAAUGCAAGAAUAAUAAAAAUGCCUUGACUAUAAGAAAAAUAUAACAAAAGAAUAUGGAAAAAAUCAGUUUGGUAAAAUAUUGUAAUAGUAUCCUGUACAUUUUAGUCUAAAGUGAUUAGGUUAUUAAUCAUCCAAAUUCUAUCGACGAAGAAUUGUUUGAUACCGAAUAUAAACAGGAAUAAAAAGAAGACGAUAUACGUGUUUGCUUGUUUUUUUCUAUUUUUUACAUUUACCCAUAGAUCUAGUAUAUUUCAUACGUGUAUUUCAACGUUGACGAAGAUGUACAAAGACAAAAUAUAUGUGUAUACAUAUAUGUGCAGUAUUAUCCUAAUAAUAUACUAGCUUUCUUUUUAGAGACGUUGUACUUUCACUGGAAAAAUGUGUAACAUUCAAUGCGAGAACGAUGAAACUUUCCCAACGUGUUUUUCCUUCGCUUCCAUUGUUCCUUGUGCGCAAAGGAAAAAAGAAAAGUAAAGAACAAAGGCGCACAGCUUUUUUUCGGGUGGUGAGAGAAUUGUACCUGUAAAUGUAUAUUGUAUUUCCUCUGCAUUAACGAGUCGACAAGCUGAUGGUUAACCAUGAGAUAUAUUUUAUUCGCAGAAAAGAAAAUGGUGUACUAAAAUUAUAAAUAAUCUGAAGUUGUAAAAGAGAAGGAAAUGUUCAUUUGGAAAUACACACAGUCCGCGAGACUUGAUUAUUAUAUUAUUUUACUCAUUCUAAAAAAAAAACAAAAAAAAAACUAUAUUCUUCUUGUAUAAAUCGUCACCAAAGUAUUAAUGAAGCAUUUUCCUUAUGCAUAAAUUAUUUCUUUAUGUUUUAUUUAGCAUGGGUUUAUUCAAAUGACCCAAGCCAACGAUUAAUAUUUCUCUACCGAAUGACUGAAUACUCAACUUCGUAUCUUUACGUUGAAUAGGAUCUAUCAUUUUACAAAACUAGAAUUAAUUAAUUUGUGGUGAAAUAGAACACAGUAUAAGAGAAAAUAAUGAUCGCGUUCAACUAAGAGUCGUGGACUGUAUCAUCACACGUGCCUGAAAGGAAUGCCAGAAAAAUAUUCACUCUACGGUCACUGUAAUGUUUAAUAUAUUGCUAUUACUAUUAUUACGCCUUUACAAUACAAGCUUGUCGUGUAACAAAUAUUUUAAGAUCACUUUUACUGACUGCAGAAGCAUUCGCGAAUCGCGUGACUCGUGCAGUUUCUAUUUAUUUAUAGAGUUGAGCAUCGGAUUACACAAAGAUUUCGAUGUUAAUAUACAAAUCGUCCGGAGAAUAUGUUUGCACGGAUUAAUCAUGUCAAUGUUUAUUCACUUUCACGUAUAAAAAAUUAGGCAGGAAUGUGAUCAGAACACGAGGGUGUUCUGAUGCUUUGUGGAUGAGGAAGACGACAAACUGCACGAGUAUCGUUCGUUUCCAUGAAUCGCAAUGUACAAUCUAAUUAUAAACGUGUUGCGUGUAACAGGUUUUUAUCAAUUAUGUGUCAAGCGCAACGUGUGUCUCGUGAUGAUGGUAUUUCGGAUCGGUAUGAUUAAUUUUGCUAAAAGAAAAGUGCUCGUUACACGAUUUAAACCAAUCGUUCGAUUGAAAAUUGA